AUGACCUCGCUUGCACGGAACUUCUCUCGAGAAACAAGUUGUGGUAGUCCAAACGCCCAUCAAAGCUUUGGUAUACGGAACGAAAAGAUGAAUUACACCAACGGCAACUCGUCUCUUGUGCCCACUGGGCCCAGAUCUUUCCAUGGCAAUGGUCGUGCAAACAACUACAAUCCCAAUGCCAGCCACCAACGGAACAACAAUGGCAAGAAUAACUACCAAUGGAACAGAACUGGAAACGGCAAUGGCAAUGCCAACCAGUGGAACAACCAUCGAAAUGGUGGAAACAAGCCCCGGAACAACAACAACAACAACCGCAAUGGCAAUGCCAACCAGUGGAACAACGGUCAUAACAACUACAACGGCAAUGCCAAUGGCAACCAGUGGAACAACAGUCACGACAACUAUAACGGCAAUGGCAACCAGUGGAGCAAUGCUCACAACAACGCCACUGGCAAUCUCAAUGGCGUUGGAAAAUACAAAGGCAAAAACUUCAAUCCCAAUUACAGGGGGAAGAACUAUAACCCCGACUUCUCUCGUACCGCACCGCCUAUUCCAGCCCAACGACACAUGCCUGCUCCAAAUUACAAUAUCGACACUGAGAUGACUGAGCCGCCAUCCGAUGAGCCAAAUGACAUUGAGAUGCCCGACGCACCACCGCUUCCAGAUCCAAGGAUCGAAGCCUUCACCGUAGGUGCUCUUGCAGUCAAGGAAAUUGUUAGUCCCCCAUCCCUCUUCCAAUUCAACCCUGUUGCGUUCCAUCAGCCUGUUUUCCACCAACCUGAUUUCCAUCCCUCUGCUUUUAAUCCUACUUUACAUCGUCCCGUUUUCCGUCCCCCGACUUUCUACCCCCCAGCUGUCCAUCCCAAGAUUAUCAGUUCUCCAAAGUUGCAAGGAAACCCGGAGUGUGAAUAUUUUCGCUAA